AUGGCGUUCACGACUAAUCCUGUCCCCAACCCGCAGGCCGUAGUUUGCGGCUCGACAUAUCGGUUUACCAUUCUAACCGAUCGCUUGGUUCGGUACGAGUGGGCUUUUGAUGGCUGUUUCGAGGACCGAGCGUCUACAUUCGCCAUUAACCGGUGCUUCCCGACGCCGCAAUUCCGCGUUGUUGACAACGAUGAUAAUCUCGAGAUCAUUACCGACCAUUUCCAUUUAUGUUACGAUAAGAAACGAUUUUCUCCUGCAGGGCUGAACGUCCAUUUCAACUUCAAACACACCAACUGGGGAGCUCCUUGGCAGUAUGGACUGGACGAGAAGUUCCAGUUGGGUGGCUCGCUCAACUUGGGCGGCACAGCUCGGACCCUUGAUCUUUGCGACGGCCGUUGUGAUAUGGGAGAAGGGGUGAUUUCCAAAGCCGGAUACGCCGCCCUCGAUGAUUCAAAAUCCAUGCUCUUUGAUGGAGACUUUGUUGCGGGUCGGAAACCUGGCGAUCGUAUCGAUGGAUACUUGUUUUGCUACGGUCAUGACUACAAAGCUGCGAUCAAAGCUUUCUAUUCGAUAUCCGGCCACCAGCCCAUCCUGCCCCGAUAUGCACUAGGCAACUGGUGGAGCCGAUACUAUGCCUAUCACCAGGAUGAGUAUGUCCAACUGAUGGACGACUUCCGCGCACACAACAUCCCAAUAUCAGUGUCGGUGGUGGAUAUGGACUGGCAUCUGGUUUCAGACCCUUGUGUACCUCAUGCCGGAUGGACUGGCUAUACCUGGAAUAAGCAUCUCUUCCCAAAUCCGGAGAAGUUCCGGAGUGACCUGCAUAAGAGACGCUUGAAGAUUACUCUGAACGAUCACCCUCAUAAUGGCGUUCACUCACAUGAAGAUGUGUACGAGGAGAUGGCUAAAGCACUGGGCUAUAAUAUCCAGGAAAAAAACCCCAUUCUCUUUGACCCCUCUAACCCCAAGUUUAUGAAAGUGUACCUCGAGAUGCAUCAUACUUUAGAGAAAACAGCAUGUGACUUCUGGUGGAUCGAUUGGCAGCAAGGCCCUUACUCCAAAGUUUCUGGCCUCGAUCCCCUAUGGCUUUUGAACCAUUUCCACUACAUUGAUCAUGGUCGAGAUGAAAAUGUCACUCCACUUAUCUUUUCUCGAUACGCUGGGCCUGGAAGCCAACGAUACCCUGUAGGAUUUUCAGGGGACACAGUGGUCACCUGGGAUUCUUUGGCCUUCCAGCCGGAGUUCACCGCAACCGCGUCGAAUAUAGGUUAUGGAUGGUGGAGCCAUGAUAUUGGCGGCCAUAUAUUUGGGAGCCGAGACGAUGAACUUGUUACCCGCUGGGUCCAGCUGGGUGUCUUUUCGCCUAUCUUCCGACUACAUUCAUCUGAUUCAAAGUGGAAUUCGAAAGAGCCGUGGAUGUAUCGCUCAGAGUACGAGAAGGUCAUGUCUAACUUUAUGACGUUACGACAUCGACUGGUACCAUUCUUGUACACAUGUAACGUGAUUGGCUCUAUUGAGGGUGAGCCUUUGGUGCAGCCGAUGUACUGGUGGUACCCGGACGCCGAACCGGCCUACGCGUGUCCCAAUCAAUAUAUCUUUGGAUCGCAACUUUUAGUUGCUCCCAUUGUUGAACCUCGUAAUAAAACAACGAACCUAGGGGCUGUUAAAGCAUGGCUGCCACCCGGUCCCCGGUUUGUUGAUAUAUUUACUGGUCAGCUGUAUGACGCAGAUCGUGAGAUCACCUUUUACCGGGGGUUAGAAGAAUACCCUGUUCUGGCCCGUGAAGGAACCAUUAUUCCAAUGGAUGCCAGCCAGGUUCCUGAAAAUGGUUGCUUGAAUGUGGACGAGUUAGAGUUUCUCGUUGUAAUCGGCAACGAUGCGGAAGCCAUUGUUUUGGAGGAUACUCGAGAUGAUGCGCCUGAUGCGACGGGAGACAAGGGCCAGCGAAAAUUUGUUGCACACUUCAAACAGGCAGAAGGAAAGCUUACCGUGGAGCCAAUGCAACGCGCCUCAAAAUUCCGAUUUCUGUCGUUGAAGUCCGUGCCAAACGACUUGAAAGUUUUCUGCGACGGUAUCGACAGGACGAAAGAGGUUAAGGUGACCGUCGAAGAGGCAUGUCAUGCGCCUGGCCUCGUUAUUGAAUGCUCGUUCUCUGAGAUUGGUCAGUGCAUCGUGAUUGAACUCGGUUCCGAUCCUCAAAUCGGCGUGGUGAAUCCGACGAGCCACCUUGAACGCCUACUACUGGACUAUCAAUGUGCAUUCGAGAUGAAGGACCAGCUGUGGAAAGUUGUGACAGACCACAUGAAACCUUUCAAUGCUGUGACGAGUACAUUGCUAUCGCUUGGUUAUGAUGACCCUAUCGUUGGUCCGGUGUUGGAGCUACUGUUGGCAGACAGCCGGCUAUAUUCACCUUCGGGAAUGCGGACGACAACCAAUAAAUAG